UAUAGUUAAAAAUUAUAUAUUUCAAAUUUUCUAAUAGAAUGUGAUUUAUUUUCCCUUAUUUUAAGUUAUGAUGUUAUCGGACUCCGUUGUUGGCAUGGUUGAUAAUUAUCAACCGCUCGAUCAGGGUAAAAUGCUUGAAGAAGCUAUUUUCUUCGUCAAAGAACAGUCUUAUUAUAUGAAAAAAGCCAUUGAGAUGGAAGAUGUGAGUAAUUCCUUGAAACAUGGUUCGAAUAUAAUCUCUGAGUUGAGAACCUCUUCACUGUCACCAAUACAUUACUAUGAACUUUAUAUGAAAGUGUUUAAUGAACUUGAGUACUUAGCAGAUUUUAUCGGAGACCACGCCAAGAAAACGAAUAUUAUACCAGAAUUAUACGUUUCAGUGCAACAAGCAACAUUUAUUCUACCACGUCUAUAUCUGUUAGUAAUGGUAGGAGCACACUAUAUCAAGAGUAAGAAAGUAACUGCUAAGGAAAUUCUGGAUGAUAUUACAGAGCUUUGUAAGGGAAUUCAACACCCAAUGCGUGGCCUGUUCCUAAGAUACUACCUUGUUCAAAUCUGUAAAGAUAAAUUACCAGACUCUGAUCCCGAUAAUGAGAAUGGAUUUUUGGACUCUUUUGACUUUUUAAUGAAUAACUUCUGUGAGUCAAUAAGACUUUGGAUCAGGUUAAACACUGCUGGAAAUGAUAAGAAAAAACUUGACAAGGAAAGACUAGAAUUGGGCCUGUUAGUGGGUGCUAAUUUAGUCAGAAUCACUCAACUUGAAGGGGUUGAUAUUAACUUCUACUCAUCCACAGCACUGCCAAGGAUACUUAAUGAAAUCAAAUCCAUUGAUGAUAAUGUUGCUCAGAAAUAUUUAUUAGAUUGUUUAAUUCAGGCUUUUAGUGAUGAAUUCCAUAUACAAACUAUUGAUGAUAUUUUAUCCGCUUGCGUCUCAUCCAUUAAAUCAGAUGCUGGGAUAUCGAUAUUGAUGACGAUGAUGAAUCGUCUGUCCGUAUUUUUGACAUCAAAUCCUGAGUCACUUCCUGAAGGAGUUGAUAUAUUUGCUACAUUCCAGAAGCAUUUGUCAACAAUUAACGUGGUCUACAACACGAGCGUACUGAGUAAUCAGGAACCAGAGGGACCCCAAGUAGGAAUCAAAGGCUAUUUAGACUUACAAGCAGCUUUUCUGGAAUUUACAACUACACUGUAUCCAGGCACAGUUGAACAUGUGGAAUUUGUACUAAAUAAAGUGGUAGAAGUGCUGUCAAACAGCUUGGGGGAUGUAGUGAUUGAAGGCCCAGCUGCAAAUAGUAUAGUAAAAUUGCUCACAGUGCCAAUAAAAACAUUAUCCCUAAAAGCCUUGGAACUGAGUUAUAAUGAGAAGUUAAUCUCGUUCCUGAACUGGGAAAUGAGGAAGGAAAUGUCAUACAACUUGAUAGACGAGUUGGUGACAACAAAUAUUUUAAUGGAUGAAUUGUCAAGUUUUGAUGUGUUUUUCAACUUAGUCUCACCGCUAUUUCUUCCAUUCAAUGAAGAAAAGGGUGAAUAUAUACCAGACUAUGUACUAGAAAAGAUUAAACUGGAACAAUACCAAAUUUGUAAGCUCAUUCAAGCCAUCAAGUGUUCGGAUGUAUCGGAUCAAUUUGGGAUAUAUAAAGACCUGACUGAGAGGAUAUUAAAGAGUGGAAGUCUUCGUACUAAACAUACUUUACCAUGUUUGGUAAACUGUAGUUUAACUUUACUCUUUUCCUCUACAAAUCAACAUUUUAAUACUACGAAUACUCAGUUUAAGAGUUCAAAUUCCCAGUAUAAGACACCGGAUACACAGUUUAAGAAUAUGAAAAUAUCAUUUAAUCACGAUUUCUCAAUGGAAAUUCUAAAGUACAUACAUAAUUUGUUGGAAUUAUUACAACCCAUAACACCCGAGAAAACACUCAAGUUGUUGGUAUUAGUGAGUAUUAGUGUUGAUGAAUUUACGAGAUCAACAGUUGGAGUGUUUGGUGAGAAUGUAAAUCUAAUUAGUGACAUGAAGAUGAUGUGUUUGGACUUUCUAAUGAAGGCGUGUAACUGCUAUGAAGAUGAGAUUUCAGGCGGUGAGAACCAAGUUUACUGCAUUAAGUACAUGUGCUCAGCAGUCUCAAGUAGAAUAACAAUACUAGAUAGUGAAGAUUACCUCAAUGUGGCAAUGCUUUUGGCAAAGUACGCACUGAACCUCACAAGACUGAGUCACAGAUGUGAGGUGCUUUGUUUCGCAUCACAUUUGUUCAAUUCUCCGCAGUAUUAUAAUGAACAGAGACUCGUAUGGUGUCUUGAAAAGUGUGUAACGCUGGUGGAAACUUUAGAUUUCUACGCGCCCUCGAAAUUAGUCCAGGCCCUCCACUUCCCACUAGAAACCUCGAAGUAUUUUAAACUUAAAAACGUUACUAAAGUUGUACAAAAUAAGCUCGACAAACUCACACCACUACUGUCCAAAGAUGAGAUGAAAGAAUAUGAAGAAAAACUUAAAUCUCUCCAAGAUUAUACUAAUCUUUUAAAUAAAUAA